AUGCUUAUACGAUCAGGAAGAUCAGUGAUACGGUCUAUCACUAGACUUCCCAUCUUAUGUCAAAUUCAACCAGUAAGAUUUAGAAAUGAUUAUGGCCAUGCUAAAAAUGUUAAAAGAUAUAGAAAUAUUGAUUGGAUAGGUAACCAAAAAUUAUUUAAUGAAGAUAAAAAAGAUAAACCUAAACAUAUUCCUCGAGAAUUAAAAGUUAGAACAGAGGAGAGUUUAUAUUUCAAAAAUGAGACUUUUAAAAAAUUGUUAGAUGAUGCUUAUAAUGUUAUUAAAGAAAAAGUUUUACGUAAUGAUUUCCAGUAUAAACAAUAUGAUCAUGGGAUUGUUUAUAAACAUUCUUCUAUAGAAUCUUUAGGCCGGUUAAGAUCUGAAUUAUCAGAAUGGCUGAAUGAAUUUCAAGGAGAGGAAGAAUAUAACUUGGCUUUAGAAAAUUUAAUUAAUCCAAUUUCAAAAGAUAUACCACAUUUAACAUAUAAAAUCAUUAAUCAAGAUUCAAAUUUAUUAUCAAAAUUCCUCAACAGAAAGGGUUUAAUUGAACAAGAUGAACAAGUAGAUUAUUUCUUUGAACAAACUUUCCAUUCAAUCAUGCAUAAACAAUUAAUUGCAGAUUUACCUGCCCAGGAUAUAAAUGUUGAUAUUUCAAAUCCUGAAGAAUGGUAUCCAGAAGCAAGAAAAAUCAGAAGAAAAUUAAUCUUACAUAUGGGUCCAACAAAUUCAGGUAAAACUUAUCAUGCAUUACAAAGAUUAAAACAAUCAAAUGAUGGGUAUUAUGCUGGUCCUUUAAGAUUAUUAGCAAGAGAAAUUUAUGAUAAAUUUAAAUCUGAAGGUAUAAGAUGUAAUUUAGUUACUGGUGAAGAAGUUAUUGAAGAUCGUGAUGAAUCUGGUAUUGAGGCUUCAUUAUCAAGUGGUACUGUGGAAAUGAUUCCUGUUAAUCAAAGAUUUGAAGUUGUUGUUCUUGAUGAAAUUCAAAUGAUUGCAGAUAAAUUUCGUGGUUGGGCUUGGUCUCAUGCUUUAUUAGGUGCUCAAGCUGAUGAAAUUCAUUUAUGUGGUGAAGAAUCAGUUAUCCCAUUGAUAAAAAGAAUUGCUGAAACUACAGGUGAUGAAGUCAUUAUUAAUAGAUAUGAAAGAUUAGGUGAAUUACAAAUUGAAGAUCAACCUGUUACUGGUGGUCUUAAUGGGUUGGAAAAGGGUGAUUGUAUUGUUGCUUUUAGUAAAAAAAGAAUUAUGGCUUAUAAAGAAGAAAUUCAAAAUAAAACAGAUUUAAAAUGUGGUGUUAUUUAUGGUGCCUUACCAGCUGAAACUAGAGCUACUGAAGCUGAAAGAUUCAAUAAUGGUGAAUAUGAUGUUCUUGUUGCAUCAGAUGCUAUUGGUAUGGGUCUUAAUCUAAGUAUUAAUAGAGUUAUUUUCGAUUCACAUAAAAAAUUCGAUGGUGAUCAGCUAAGAGCUUUAGAAUCUCCCCAAGUUAAACAAAUUGGUGGUAGAGCUGGUAGAUUUAAAGCACCUGGUGCAGAUGGUAAAAAAUCUAAAUCACUUGGUAAAAUUAGUGCAUUUUAUCCAGAUACUUUAGAAUUUAUAAGAGAAUCAAUGUCAACACCAACUAUUUUUUUGGAAAGAGCUGAUGUUUGGCCAAGUGAUACAAUUUGGUCAUUAUAUACAAGUACAUUCCCAAAACAAACAAGAUUAAAAAUUGUUUUAGAAACUUUCCAUAAAAAUGUUGAAGAUACUAAACUUUAUAGAAUUUCCACUUUAAGAGAUAGACUUGAAGUUGCACAUGCAUUAAAUGAAAUAAGUAAUAGUAUGCUUGUUGGUGAUCAAUUAAGAAUGAGUACAGCUCCAUUAUCUUCUACUUUACCUAGAUAUCAUGCAGUCAUUGAACAUUUUGGUAAUAAUGUUAUUCAUGGUUUUACUAAAUCAAUUUUAGAUUUUGCAUUCUUAAACUUUAGUUGUUUAAAUAGACCUGCAAGACAAGAUGACCUAAGUACUUAUGAAGAGUUACAUAAGUAUGUCUUGUUAUUUCUAUGGAUGCAUAAUAGAUAUCCAAGUUAUUUUGUUGAUAGAGAAUGUGCCGUGGAGAUUAAAGAUUCUUUAGAAUCUAAGAUUGAAGCUGCUUUAAGAGGUAAAAAACAUAAAAGAAUGGGUAUAAUUAGAGAUUCAAAAGAUUCAGAUGCUGUUAACAUGGAAGAAAAUCAAUUUUAUAAAAAUAAUAGUCACCCAAAAAGUUUUAAUAAUAGAUCAAAUGAUAAAUUUCAAAAUAGAUUUGAUAAUAAAUCCAACAACCGUUUUGAAAGAAAUUCAAGAGAUAAUACAAGGGGUUUUAAUAAUAGAUCAAAUGAUAGAAAUCAAAAUAGAUUUGAUAAUGAAUCCAACAACCGUUUUGAAAGAGGUUCAAGAGAUAAUACAAGGGAUUUCGCCCAAAGAAAAUCUUACAAUGAUAAAAACCGUUUCCAAAGUUUCAAUGAUGCUCCAAGAGAUCGUUAUCAAAAAAGUUAUAAUAAAAAUUCAAGAGCUAAUGAUAGUUAUGGUUCCAGAAAUCAAAACCGUUCAUUUGGUGACAGAAAUGUGAAUAAUAAAAGAUGGAAUUAG